AUGGAUACUCUAAGGUUUUAUUUUGUAACCUGGAAUGUCGCAACUAGGUCUCCAGGUCAAGAUCUUAAUUCACUUUUGGACUUUCCAUCUCAAUAUAAUAAACACAAGCCAUUGCCCGACUUUUAUGUAAUUGGAUUGCAAGAAGUCAAAUCGCAACCACAAAACAUGGUUAUGGAUAGUCUUUUUACAGACCAAUGGACAGCAAUGUUUAAUAAAAUUCUAUGUAGGCAAGGUUUCGUUAUAGCUAAGAGUAUUCGAUUGCAAGGGUUGCUGCUACUUGUAUACGCUCAAAUGAAACAUGUGACACACCUUCGUGAUAUAGAGGCGCAGUAUACUAGAACUGGACUUGGCGGGUUAUGGGGAAACAAGGGAGCUGUAAGUGUGAGAUUCAAUGUUUAUGGCUGCUCAUUUUGUCUUGUUAACUGCCAUUUAACAGCUCAUGAACACUUGCUGGCAGAUAGGAUAGGGGACUAUAACACUAUUAUCAAAGACCACACAUAUCACCUUAAGGAGACAUCCAAUAUUUUGUUCCAUGACUACGUAUUUUGGUUAGGUGAUCUUAACUUCCGUACUGAUCAUCCAGCUGGUAGCAGUCCAUCAUCGGAGGAGAUUGUUGCCAUGUUACAGAAAGUCGAGAAAGAUAAAUACACAUCUAUACUUAAACAUGAUCAGCUGUUAGCUGUGAUGGAUAGUGGAGAAGCAUUCUCAGAGUUCUCCGAACCCGAGAUACAAUUCCCACCAACAUAUAAGUUCCAGAUGAGCACUGACGAUUAUGAUAUAAAGAGAAAACCGUCAUGGACGGACAGAAUAUUAUACAAGGUGAUUGCUAAUAAUUACGAAAACAUUACUCUGAGAGCGGACACCAUAUCUUACAAUCACAUCCCACAUUACAUGGUCAGUGACCACAAACCUGUAGUCGGACAAUUCAACGUAAAGGUACGCCAAAAGUUCCCUCGCACGGUGUUAGCCCAAGAGCCGGAGAUAAAAAUAUCGAGGGCAUCUGUGCGCAUGCGUUCUGCCUUAGUCAUGCCUAUGGGCGCAGCUUUAUCAGACACAUCGCCUGAAACGGAUGUACCCGUUGAGGGAAACACUUGCGAUGAAACUAACCACGAGGGAGAGUUCGAAGUGAUUCCCAGCGCGUCGCUGACAUCCGAUGACGUGGUCGACUCUGUGGAAAUCGAUGAGACGUUUUCAAAUUACACCGAGAAAAUGGUUGAGUUUGCGCCUACAUCUCGCAUCUGGUACAUCGGUGAUGCUGACUUUAGGACGCAGUGCACCUUCUCCCACGACGUCGAAAUUAACCCAGGUGAUUGGAUCGGAAUAUUUGAUGCGGAUUUCAAUAACCUUGACGACUACAUAACAUACGAGUACUUGGGCAAAGUCAGUGUGCCCCAAGCCCCAACAGCGGCCGGUCAACCUCGCACCAUAACUUUGAGCUUUCCAGUCGGCAGUGGGGUGCGAACGCCAGGGUUCUACCGUUUCAUAUACUUCAGUCAGCCGAAUUCGGACGUUAAGAGUAUUUUAGGUAUAUCCGAACCGUUCGAAGUAAGCAGCAAGGAGGAUAAGCUAAUAACCAUAGAUCCCUGCUCAGAAGCAUCAUGCAGCACAUCCCCCAGUAGGCCCAAACCGAUGUCUGCGAAUACGGACGUGUUUACUGACUUCACUGGGCUGGACGUUGCCAAGUUGUCCCGCCAUUUCUCUAACGAUCUCAGCUUUGACUGA